AUGCCUCGACGGGGGCCAUCAUUAGGCAAGUUGGCCAGUAACACUAGGAAUAAGAAUAGCACGGAUAGUAACAGAGACAGUCAUCAGUUGAACGAAAUGACAAUAACUGCAUCAGAUUUCUCCGGCCCUUUUUACUCUAUUUCUGAUGUGUUGGAUGAUUCUGUUUCAAUGAACACAAGCAAUGGAGUACUAAGCAAUGCCAAUGGUUCAGAACCAACACAUACUUCCCCUACGCCAGGUGCAGCUCGAAGGAAUGUCAACGAAGCAGAUGUAGUGGUAACCUCUGGUGGUGUUUCUAUGCCUAUAAGACGAAGAUCAACAACACUACCGCCUAAAGAUCCUCAAGAAGAAAAAAAACACUUGCAAGAAUAUGAAUUCAUGAUGAAACAAGCGAAAAAAUUAGAAGCUAAAAAACAAAAAGAACUUCACCGUAAAAAAGAAGAAAAAGAUAAGAAAAUGAAUCACGCUAUUCACAUUUGGGAGACUGACAUAAUACCACACUGGAAAACGCGUGUGAAAGAUAAGCGUACAAGGAAUCUGUGGGACCAAGGUAUUCCGCCAAGAUGUAGAAGGAAAGCUUGGCAAUUAAGUAUUGGCAAUCAGCUCAAUGUGUCGAAAACGACUUUUGCAGAAUGCACACGGCGCAUACCUCGGGCAAUAAGAGCAUCCCGGAAAAAAGUGAAUGAGGCCAACCAACAGAAUAAUAUUGUACACAAUGGUGUGCCACAUACCAUAACUGCAGACAUUCAUAACAAUGGUUCACCAUAUAUGAGUUAUACUGAUUCACCGUUAUAUUCAAUCCAUAAACAACGAAGAACAAGUAGUUUGGAUGUCUUGAGAGAACCCAAAAUGGAUAGUGAUUCUAAAGGCUCCUCAGUGACGGGAGAUUAUGUUGAAGAUGACGAAUUAAGAGAAAAUGGGCAUUACGCUGGGUUUACCAAUUUUACAAACGCUAGUUUCAAUGAAGAAGAGGCGAAUUCAUCAAUAUAUUCAUUUACCAGCCGAGAUGAACCACUAGAGGAUGAUUUAGAAGAGGGCAUACAUAGUGGUAGAGCUGCCUUGGAAUUACAAGCUGAACAAAGUCAAGAUGAUGCAGUCAUAAAUUUGGACGGUGAAUAUGUAGACGAUGACGAUAAUACAAUCAGUAGUCAAGAAGAGAUUGUUUCUGAUAAAACUAUCACAGAUCCAGCAGUAAUCAAUUUUCUGAACAAGGCUAUUGAUGAGGACAUUUUACGUACUUUACCUAGUCUAUGUGUCUUUCAGGUAAUUAAUUCGAUAUCUAUGUUGUUUCAUCAUAUAUAUCGACUGAACGUUUUCAAAAUAGCCAGACGGGCCUUUAUUUGUUUCCUUACGGAAAGUUCUUCAUGCAUUCGUGGGUUAUCGAGAUGA